AUGAAUUACAACAAUAAUAAGAAACGGUCUAAUACUAGGGCGUCCCCCGGAAGCGACGCACACGGCGAGAUACGAGAAAAUGCGAUUAAUACUAGGGCGUGCCCCCAAAGCGACGAGAAGAACCACGCAGCCCACAUGCCAAAAGUCCGCAUAGCCAGUUGGAAUGUGGGCUCCAUGACAGGACGCAGCUUAGAAUUAAGCGAAGUGCUGCUCAGAAGACGCAUCAGCAUCUGCUGUAUACAGGAGACGAAAUGGAAGGGGUCUAAAGCGCGCAAUAUUGGUAACGACUACAAGUUCAUUUACAACGGAACGAAGACAAAUCAGAACGGCGUCGGCAUAGUAGUAGACAAAACUUUCCAGAACCGUAUAGUAGACGUGAAUAGAGUCAGUGAUCGAAUUAUAGCAAUUAAGUUCGCACUUGAUAACCAACCAUGCAUGAAUGUUAUAUCAGCGUAUGCUCCACAAACAGGGUUGCCACAACCAGAAAAACAAGCUUUCUGGGACGAUCUUCACGACCUGACUCAAUCCAUACCAAAAACGGAGUCAAAAUACAUCGGAGCAGAUUUUAAUGGGCACGUGGGACAAAUCACGAACGACUCCUUUAGGGAAAUUCACGGUAACCAGGGUUAUGGGGAUAAAAACUCCCAGGGUGAUGAUAUUUUAAAUUUCGCGUACACAUUUAAUAUGGCAAUUGUCAACACCUUCUUCACCAAAACAAACGAACACUUGAUAACAUAUAAGAGUGGAGACAAAUGCACACAGGUGGAUUACAUCCUAGCGGACAGGAAACUGCUAAAGUCCUUUAAAAACUGUAAGGUAAUACCUGGUGAACCACUAACAUCUCAACAUCGACUCCUAGUUGCGGAUUUUAUAGCACAAAGACCAAUUAGAGUCAAAACAGCUAGAGUUCCUAAAGUACGCUGGUAUAAACUAGAUCAAGAAGAGGGUGAAAAACUAUGUUCAGACCUGAAAGAGUACAUUUACGAGAUCCAACCAGGCAAAGACGCAAACACAAUGUGGAAUGAGUUUCACGAGCGCAGCAUCCAGAAAGCCACAAGCUACCUAGGCAUCUCAAAUGGACUUUCAAGGGAGAACAAAAACCCAAUACUAUGGGACCCGGAGGUCCAAGAAAAGAUCAGAUCCAAGAAAACCCUCUUCAGGAUCUGGCAAAGUACAAAGAGCAAUGACGACCGGACAACAUACCGAGACGCAAAGAGGGAAACCAAACGCGCGGUGGCGCAGAUCAGAGCUAGAAGCAGGGAAGGUUUUUAUGCUAAGCUAGAAAAUGCUAACAAUGAUAAACAGCUGUUUAAAAUUGCCAAACAAAGACAUCGAGAUACACAAGACACUCGAGCAGUUAAGUACAUCAAAGACCUGCAAGGAAACCUCUUAACAUCAGACUCGGAUAUAAAUGAUAGAUGGAGGGAAUACUACGCUAAAUUGUUGAACGAGACACACCCCUGUGAACCAAUAAUGGAGCUUCCAACAGUGAAAGGUCCAUGGCCUGUCAUUACGCCGGAAGAAGUCAAAUUAGCGUUAAGCCAAAUGGCUAAUAAUAAGGCAACUGGUCCUGAUGAUCUGCCAGCGGAGCUGUGGAAGAAACUGGGAGACGAUGGAGUUAAAUUAGGACCACUCAAGCUACAACUUUUGUCGCGGAAACGUAAUUUUACCCGCCGCAGUGUUUUCCUGCCGGCGCGGCGUACCACUGUCGUUUAC